GGGUUACCACCGUACCCUUUUUGCAACUUGUUGGAGACCAACCAAACCUUCGCUAGCGUCUGCACUUCCAUCCACAGCAGCUUCUAGCCAUGGCGUUCAAGAAGGGCGGCGGCAAGAAGGUCUCCGUCAAGAAGCAGAAGCACGGAUUCGUGCGCGCCAGUAGCUCGAAAGGCAGCAAUCCAUUCGACGUGCGUGGCAAUGCCAGCAAGCAAAAGCACGAGGUUAUUGGACGUCGCGUCAAAGGCGCAGGCCGUAAUGUGGCUGCAGCUCGCGCCGAGGCCGAACGCAAGCGUCACAAGACGCUAGGUGCCGAAUUUAAAGCUCGCAACAAGAGCAACGUAUUCAAAGACAAGCGUCUGGGCGAGCAGGACCCUACACUUUCCAUGGAGGACAAAAUGAUGGCACGUUUCCAGACCGAACGCAAGCGUAAACUACGCAACGCGUCCGCAUUUGCGUUACACGACUCAGACUCGGAACAGGAUGACGACGACGCGCUGUUCUUAACGCAUAAAGGCGCCAAAAUCACCGACGACGACUACGAUCAGCUCAAUGCUGACGGUCCACUAGACGACGAGGACGACUCGGAGGAAGGCAAGAAGAUGGACAGGGAUAUUGUCAACCAGCUGCAUUUCGGAGGUGGCAAAGGAGAUAACGAAGAGAGCGAUGGCAAAAGAAAAACGCAUAAAGAGGUUAUGCACGAGGUUAUGAUGAAGGCCAAACUGUACAAGGCCGAGCGUCAGAAGAACAAGAGUUCGCAGGAGGAUGCGACGGAUAAAUUGGACGAGGGCUUCGCAGAUGUGCGUGGACUACUCGAGUUCCGUCCCACACGUGCAAAUGGCAAGGAAUUGUUGCCUAAAGAGCCCAUGGAUGAGUUUGAUAAGCUCACACGAGAAUUUGCCUUUGAGGCGAAAGCCAAGGCCACGGAGCGUCGCAUGUCGCCUGAAGAGGCUGCUGCAAAGGAACGCGAUCGACUGGCAGAGCUGGAAAAGAAACGUGUAGCCCGUAUGAAUGGCGCGGACGACGAUAGCGACAGUGACGAUGACGGAAAGCGUAAGAAAGGCAAGAAAAACAAGAAGAAAACCCCGCAGCUCAUCAUGAUGCCGCCUACGGAUGACGAUCUCACCGAUGGCUACGCAGUUGAUGCGCGUUUUGCCGCUGAAGAAGAGAAUGAAGAAGCUGAAGAUGAAGAGAAUGAGGAGCAAGAGAGUGAAGAGGAAUCAGAAGCUGAUUCUGAGGUGGAAUCAGACGAUGAAGAGGAGUCUAAAGAAGAGAAGGAAGAAGAAGAAGAAGACGAAGAAGAGCAGGACGAUGAAAGUGACGAAGAAACGGAGAAACAGAAGCGUCAGCAGGACGCUGAGGAGGCUGCAGCGGAGCUUCCGUUCGUGUUUGAAUGUCCGGAAUCUCCUGAAGAACUGGCGGCGCUGUUUAAGCAACACGCACGUAACUCUUCUGCGAAGCGAGGCCUUAUCUUGGAGCGCAUCGUGACGUACUACAACCCGCGACUUAGCGUGGAAAACAAGAACAAAAUGAAGCGCUUCUUCGCCGUCAUGGUGCGUCAGUUCCUCAUCUUCGCCGCGCGCUACGCUGGACACAAGCAAGACUUGGACUCGCUAGCCACGAACAUGUACACUUUGGCUCAGCAGAUGGGUGAUACUGCGGGUAUCGUAGUGCGUGAGCUGCUAGCUCAGCUCUUCAAGCGCUUACACAAGCGUGCAUCAACGUCAGCGUGGCCCACUCUACCUGAACUACUGCUGUUCAAGGUGUUAACCUCCAUUUUCCCGACUUCGGACUUACGACACAACGUGGUGUCCCCCAUGGAGACACUACUGGGUGAGAGCUUGGCUCGUGGCACUGUAACGUCGCCACAGGAGGCCACGCAAGCUCUGUUCGCGGCCUCGUUGUCUCUGGAUAUGACGCGGUCUAAGGAACGCUUCAUGCCUGAGGUUGUGAGCUUCCUGACUCGCAUUCUCCGUGCCUUUGUGACGUCUAGUGAUGACAGUUCGACCCAGUGGCUACGUCGGGACUUGCUGGAGUGGGUAUCUGCUCAAAAAGAAGAGAAAAUGCCUGCUCUACCGCGUCUCUCAUUGGCUGGAAGCUCGUCUUGCAGCGGUGUGCAAGUGUUGAGCGCUCUACUGGUUCUACUGGAUGUUGCAUCGGCUCAGUACGCGUCGUUGCCGUCAUUUGACGAGCUGUUCUACCCGCUCUACCUGUUGCUACACGCUCUUGUAAAGCAACUGGAAGACAAUACGGUAUCGGAAGUCAACGCGGUUAUCUCGAAGCUCCACACUCGCCUCGAGUCGUGCUGGAACGCUCGUCGCCCGCUGCGACUGCAAAGUUUCGCACCCACGACGUUGCCGACAUUUGCACCGCAGUUUGAUGAGAAUUACACGGUGCGGAAGGACAAGACGGCGCCGAAGGACACUGCGCAACUCAAGCAGUUGCAGCGCCAGGUCAAGCGCGCUCGCAAGGGAGCGGCGCGCGAACUUCGCCGUGAUGCUGAGUUUAUUCACCGCGAGAAGCAGAAGGAGGAGGAGGCGCGUCUGGCUGCCAAGGAGGAGAAACAGAAGGAGAUCCGCCGCUGGCUCGAGGAACAGAACGCCACGUUCAACCAGCAAGUGCGCAAGGGCGGACACAUGCUCAAGGGCGGAGGCUCCGCUCGUGGACCUGCUCCUCGAGCGCGUACCCCCAGGAAGUAGGCUGCACCACUGUUGCAUUUGCAUUUCCAAUAGAAAAGUUGCAUUUUACAGUUGCAAUUGCCACAAAAAUGAGUCCAAGAUUGCAAGUGAAAAAGUGAACAUGUAUCUCCAUCUACUC